CUUUACCACAGAGCCCUCCUUCUCCCCAUGCUCCAAAGAGCAGGGUAUCACUAGGCGACCGUCCCCGUUCAAUAUCAGCCGACUUCGACAGACUAAGAAUGGCUUUCAGCUUCGGGGCGUCUAACCCCGCUGGCGGCAAUAUUCCAGCGGAACUAGGACCUGAGCUCCCAGAUGUCUAUGCUGAGGAAGUCGGAUUCAAAGGUGUCUCGAGCGACAGCAACGUCCGAUUACUUUCUACGGCUUGGCCUGACGAUGCCCUUCCGGCUCCAUCAUCCUCGCUUCUAGCUGUUGCGCCCACGAAAGGCAUCGUCGUUGGUGCAGGCCCGGACUCAUUGGCAAUUGCCUCCUCCGACGCAGUCAGGAAAGCUAUUUCCGCUGUCACCGAAGACAAGGCCAAAACAAAACCCUUCCAACCACAAGCAACGAUACCCCUUCCCGCACGUCCCACGCAUGUAGCCUUCACUUCAGGCGAUGACGCCCUAGUACUAGCCACAGAGAACAGCUCUCAGCUUCUGGUCUACGAAACUACGAGUCUGUCAACGGGCAAUGCGCAGCCGGCCUUAUCUAUACCAACGAAUGGAGCCACUUUUAGAUCCCUUGCUCCGAAUCCUGCGCCGCCAUCUGAUGAGGCGCAUUCGUCGCUCGUCGCGCUCGUCACGACUAAUGGUGAGCUCUUGGUUGCCAACCUUAAGGCGGGAAACCUAGUUUCGGGGCCGAAUGGCAAUGUCUUGAAGACUGGGGUGAGCUCCGUUUGCUGGAGUAACAAGGGAAAGCAACUCGUUGCGGGACUUGCUGAUGGAACCGGUUACCAAAUGACCCCAGAUGGUACCCAGAAAGACUUGGUACCACGUCCUUCUGAUCUAGAGGGGAACUGCCAUGUGUCCUCUAUUGCUUGGUUAGAGAACGACAUAUUUUUGAUGGUGUAUACGCCGAAUGAUGCCGAGGAUGAAUCCGGUCAAACGCCGUCAUCUUCUUAUUACGUUAUCACAAGAAGAAAACAGACACCGUUUCUGAUCCAAAAGCUGCCUGAAUUAUGCAUACCUUUUGGAGUCAAACGCGCCCCGGCUUACCAGUUUAUUGCACGUCUCAGAGAUUAUAAGCCACAUUUGAAGGAUGUUCUAAUUGUCUCUUCUACUGCGUCGACCGACGUUGGCCUUGUGACGAGGUCGGAGCAACCAUUGGCAAGUGAUGAUGCAGCCAAGGCCACGAUAAAUUUGUUCGCCACGACCGAACUUAAUGAUGACACAAAAAGGGCUUCUCCUCCCCUUACAGACUCCGGUGAGGAGACUUCAGUGAUUGGUUUGGGAAUCGACCUGAGCAGCACAGAAAUUGUUGUCUCUCCCAUAGCAGGCGAAGAUAUUUCUGAAAGCUCAACUCCCUUGCCGAACCUAUUGCUUCUCAACAAUGAAGGUAUCCUCUGCUCAUGGUGGUUCAUAUACUCCGAGUCUAUUCGUCAGAAACUUCCAUAUCAUGGCUUGGCCUCCGUAGCCCAGCCCCAGCCCCAGCCCCAGCAGCAGGCGCAACCGCAGCCGCCCAAACAGCCAGCGUUUGGACAAUCCGGUUUCGGCAGUCCAUCUGCACUGGGGGCACCUUCUCCGUUUGGAAAACCCUCUGCCGCACCGGCUUUAGGAAGCCGCUCACAACCUAUAUUUGGGACACCUUCAUUUGCUGCCCCGUCCCAGAUAGGAUCCCAGGCGGGACAUUCCUUCGGCACUCCGAGUGCAAUAAACCGUGGGUCCCUCCAUUUUUGUAAACCUAGCUUCGGAUCUAUGGACGCAUCGACCUUUGGGCAACCUUUGGCCACACCUGGGACGGGAUCUCCUUCCUUCUCGCUCGGAACUCCGGGUGCUACAUCUGGAGGCGGCUUCGGUUCAUUUGCUAGUACGGGAGGUUUUGCUGGGCUUGCAGCAUCCAAGCCACCGGGGGAAUCGCCCUUCGGGAAGAAGGCUGGAGAAAGCCCUUUCUCGAAGCCUUCCGGUCCAUCGGUGUUUGGUAGCCAAGCUGAUACAAGCACAGCUUUUGGUUCUCAGAAAACAGAACCGGCAAAGAGCCCGUUCGGUCUUCCCACUGGUGGGUUCAAAUUAGAACCCUCGUUUAAGGGCGACGGAACUGCUGUCAAUGAUGGCCCCAAACCGGAGAAACCUUCCGGCGGGCUAUUUGGUUCUUUCGAUGAGAUGGUUUCCACGCCUACUAAAGCCAGCCCGCCUAUAGAAUCCAUGGACGAUAUGGAAGAUGAACCCACCACCACCCAGCAGGAGAAACCAGAGGCCAAGCAGCCAGCGCCCUCAUUGUUUGGAGCGCCGACCAAAUUUAACACACCUGCACCUUCGUCGCUCUUCGGUACUUCCAACCAACCUCAACAGCCCUUUGGCGCAGCCCAGACGAACAAAUCUCCGUUCUCAAUCCUCGGCAAUUCUGAUAAGCAAGCAUCGACCCCUCUGUCUCCACCAUCAGACAAAACACCCGUUGCCAGCCCACCCUUGAAAAAGGAAGAUCUUGCUGAUGAUCAGAAGACUCCUGGUGCUUCAGAAGAGCCACCACUGCCUCCCGACCCAACGAGCAAGGUCUCCUAUGGACCUGGUGACACUUCCGCGUCCUCCAACGUUUCUAAGAGCUCCAUCGAUGACGCACCUCUUCCUCCUGACUUCACUACACAACCAAAGUCCAUUCUGCAGGAUGACAGGGAAGAGCCACCGCUGCCUCCUGACUUUACUUUGAAGAGCAAGGAAGACGCUCUCGAGGAAGCUAAACCUGAAGAGGCACCACUUCCUCCUGAUUUCACUGCAGCAAAGCCGUCGCCCACUCCUGCAGAUGUCCCGGGCCCUGUCCCUGAUGACUCAGAAGCAGAAGCAGAAGAAUCCGAGAAGGAAUAUAGUGAUGAGGCAGAAGAGUCUGAUUUCGCUGAUAGUGGUGAGGAUGUUGAAGAUGAAGCUGAGGAACAGGAGGAAGAAUCUGAGGCGGAAACUCCGGAGAUAUCACCAGAAAGUUCGUUUGGGACUGGGUUUUCUAACAAAACUUCAGCUGGUGGGUUAUUCACGGGAUUAUCCCAACCUAGUCAGACUUCGAAUCAACCGCCACGGCAAUUAUUUGGAGAGGUUCGAAAACCUUUCCUACCUCCAGCGCCCUCGGCAAAUCGCGAGUUCCCAAGGUCGCCUAGUCCAGUACGAAAUGGCGCCCCAAAGAGUGUGUUCAAGUCGCAAGCUCCAGGCAGCACCCUUGCUGCACGUAAGGCGUCUCUCGGUGAUUUAGCGAAACGUGAAAAUCAAUUCCGACAGCCUUCGGCACAGGCUAUUGAGGAAGCACAAGCUCAACAGAAACUCCAAGCGCAGCGACAACAGGAAGAGACACUGUCACUCUCCGACGAUGACGAAGACGAAAGGCUUCGUGCCGACCUUGCUCGGCCCGUAGAACCCGUGCCUACCCUCGAUCCUUUCCUCCCUCAUCAAGACUACACUGGCCAGACGAGUAAGCCAGGUAUCCCCGGCCAAAUUGAAAGGCUAUACCGGGAUAUCAACUCUAUGGUAGAUACACUAGGCAUCAACGCACGGUCCUUGACCGCUUUUCUUAUGUACCAACAAUCAUCCAGUAAUUCAGACUGGGUCAGUGUGUUGCAGGGUGACCACCCAGCAGAUCUUCUGGACGAGAAGCUACGUCUUUCUGAAAUCGAGCAGCUUGAUGAUGCCCUAGUCAUGCUUGCCGGCGAGCUUGAGAAACAACGAGUCCAAGGGGUGGAGAAGAAACUCGAGGACUGUCGAGAACUAUUGAGCAAAGAUAUACUCACACUGCGAGGCCAAUGUGCUAGUAUUCGGAAGACACUGGAUGCCCACACGGACUCCGCUGCAAUCGUUUCCGCGCCACUGUCGUCAGAACAAGCAAGUCUUCAACAGGAUCUUCGGACAGCGUCUACCGAGAUACAGGCAAGACUAGCAGAUUUGGAGUCCGCCGUUUCUCUCCUACGAGCCAAGAUUGCCGAGGCCCCUCGCUCUGACAGUGCCUCACGCCAAUCCGUUAAACGGCCGACAGUCGAAGCGGUCACAUCAACCAUCUCUACUAUGAUGAACAUGGCUGAAAGCAAAAGCAGCGAUAUUGAUUUUCUGGAAGUACAGUUGAAGAAGCUGGGUAUUGACACGACUGCAUCGCCAGCAAGCCGUGAGGGGUCGCCAUUUACAACUCCUAAAAAGUCUGUGGGAAGACUCCCUACAACGCCAGGGUCGCGGGGCUCUCUUGAUGGUCCCCUCAGUUCAUACCACACACCAGACUCCGCUGCUCGCUUCCGCUCUAGCAUCAAUGGGUCAGCGCGCGCUAGCCGCCUCCGAAGCGUGGAAGGCGUUGGCGAUCUUGUCAGCAAAGAAGAGAGUGCGCAAUGGAAGGCAAAGGUGCAACGCAGGCAACAUAUUGUUGGAAACCUGAAGAAGGCAAUUGGUGAGAAGAAGUCGAAGGUUAGGAGUGUUGGUGACCUGUAGAGGUGCAUGUUUGAAAUCUGUUUUGUCUUUGAUUCAUGAUAUGAACAAUCCUAAAAAUAGCGGGAUAUGGGCGUGGGGAGCAAUUGGCUAUUUUCUCUGUACAUAGCAUUAGUCGCUGUUUGAUUGGCAUAUCGGUCUGGAUAUUGACCCGCUACUGAUGUUUCAUUAAUGAUGUGAUAUCUUUACAAUAACCUCAUACUACCACUAUUGACAUUUGAUCUAACUAGGGUGGGGAACUGCGGCCUUGAUGACUGAGGCGCUGGCACUGACAUCAUCGCCCGCAAGGUGACAUGAUUUCAUCAAAACAAUUGUU